AUGGACGGGCUGCGCCGCGCAUUGGCGCUGGCUGCCCUGCUGUAUCCAUCUGGUGUGGAGCUUGGGGAUCGCCGCACGCCACUGGCCGAUGACGGAGCAUCCCCGCCCGUGCCGCUCUCUGUGCCCUUCCAUUUCUACCGCCGCACCUACCACACCCUCUACGUGAAUAACAAUGGACUGCUGUCCUUUGGGGCACCCGAGACCCAGUACACGUCCGACCCAUUCCCACUGCCAGACGGCCGUGCCCUCGUGGCCCCAUUUUGGGCGGACGUGGACGUGCGGGUGGCAGGCCGGGUGCUGUACCGCCAGUCUCGUGCCCCUGGGAUCUUGGCCCGUGCCACGGCUGAUGUGGGCGCCGCCUUCCCCCACCUGCCCUUCACUGCUGCCUGGGUGUUCGUGGCCACCUGGGACCGUGUGGCCUUCUACGGGGCCACCGUCGCCAAGGUCAACACCUUCCAGGUGAUGCUGGUCAGCGACGGACAACUCUCCUUCAUCAUCCUCAACUACGGGGACAUCCAGUGGACCACGGGGGCAGGCAGCGGGGGGGACCCCCGCAGUGGCCUGGGGGGCAUCCCUGCCCAGGCUGGGUUCAACAGUGGGGGCUCACGGCUGUACUUCAGCCUGCCCGGCUCACGCACCCCGGCCAUCGCCCAUGUCGGCGCCACCAGCAAUGUGGGGCUGGCUCUCCCGAGUGGACGCCUUCUCCUUGCCCCCCGGCUGCGUCUACAACGGUGCGUCAGGGAACCCUGGCCCCCAACCCCAGCCGCCUCCCGGAUCCCCUCCAAACCUCCCCAUACCUAG